GUCAAAGCAUUUGUCAACACAACUGACGCCACAAUCAAAGGCAACACUCAGACGGUGUAUGUCAUAGCCGUGGCCUUUGAACUGUUGCCCCAAAACCUGAUCCCAUUGGCGGCCAACCAUUUAGUGGACAAUAUUAAGGCCCACGACUGGCACCUGACCACCGGAUUCAUUGGUGUGGGCUAUUUGUGUCCAACACUGAGCCGUUUGGGUCACUCGGAUGUGGCCUACCGUUUGCUAUUACAGGACACAUACCCCUCGUGGGGAUAUAGUAUUAAAUACAACGCGACCACUAUAUGGGAGCGUUGGGACGGAUGGACACAAGAAAAGGGAUUUCAAGACCCGGUUAUGAAUUCAUUCAAUCACUACUCCUUGGGAUCAGUCGGUCGAUGGCUCUUCCAAUCGGUGGCCGGUAUUGACACUCACGAGGAAGGCGUGGGAUUCAAGAGUAUAGUAAUCGCACCGAAACCCGGCGGUAAUCUCCAUAAAAUGACGGCUCGGUAUCAGUCUAUCAAUGGGUUAAUUGGGAUGAGUUGGGAGACUAACGGCGCGAACAUUACUUUAACAAUCGACAUUCCGGUCAAUACUAAAGCAUUCAUUGAUUUAUCAUUCCUGAAGCAACCCCUUCACACAAAUGUUGGCUCCGGUAGGUAUGUCUAUGAGGGCGAGUUGACACAACCAUUCAGUCAAAUAUUGGAUUCGUAU